AUGACAUGGUACCUGCCUGGGACUGAGGAGAAAGCAUUGUCAGAGUCUCUGGUGACUCUGGUUGCUGUCCAAGAGACCUCCAUUGCCAUGGCUGAAAGGCCCCAACCCCGGUGGACUUCCUGUCACAAUCCCUACCCCAACAAUUGCCAGGACCUAGGCAACUCCAUCCUGCUGCUCUUGGGCCUCAUCAUCUGCAUUAACAUUGGCAUCAAUAUGGUUACACUGCUCUGGCACAGACUCCGUGGCUUCUUACACCAAAUGUUCCAUAUUAUUUGUGAGAAAGAAGUUAAGACUUCCCCAUCUGAGAAGCAGCAGCCCUCGAAGAUCUCCCCUGAACUCCACCUUCGGUGUACCUUGGAUCCUGUGAAAAUGACUGUGACCCCUCCACUCACUCGCCGCUGUCGUCACCAUCCAGGCUCUCUGCACCAUCCCAGAGCUCAGGUCCCUGACACUGAGGAGGAGACAGAAGAGGACAAGGAGAAGCCCUCACAUCUACCACACCCGGCCUUCUGUUCCCACAACUGGCCUGGCCUCCAGGACUGGGGAGGCUACCAAACCACCAAGGGAUUCUGGGGUCCCUGGGACCCAAAUACUGCCGAGCCACAUAACCAAGCUGUUCAUUUCCAGCAGACUGUAGUGGAGAGGACCCCCAAAACAAAUAUGCAGACAGAACUGGGCCUGCAGGCCUAUGUUUAUCCUGUGAACCCCCCACCUCCAUAUCCCAGAGACGCAAGCCACAAUAACAAUGGAGGGGGGCCAGCAGAAGGGUUGUGUGCUGAGGCAGAGCAGGAGCCCUGUUCGUCAGCCCCACCGGUCUUGCCCCCCAACCAGGGCCCAGCGUUUGUGCCCGAGAUUCCCCCCCGCUGCCGCUCCUCGGCUCGAAUCGAGUAUGAUGCCCUCGACGUGAGGCGGCGGCUGCGGGAGCUGGCCCGGGAGGUGGAGAUCAUCAACCACUGUUACCCAAUGGCCUCUGAAUCCAGCGCAGUUAAAGUUGGGGCACACCAUCCUGAUAGACGACUGGGAGAAUAA